GCGUUUCCUCUCGUUCUCAUACUUUGUAUCCUUAGGCCUUUGUGUCUUCUUCUCUUCGGAUAUUUGUUGGGAUUAUCGCCGGAAUACCUUCUCAAUAAUCAAGAAUAGCCAAGACUUUCUUUCAUCCACCUGACGCUCUUGCACUGCUAUACUUGCCAAGCAGCUAUCGUUUAUCCUGCGUUUAUCCACUCAUGACUUUCCAUUUGAUUUCAUGGUCAAAGAGAUGCUCUAUAGCUCAUCUCACAUGUAUUCUCAGACCCUUUCAACUCGCAUGGCAACUGGCAUCAUGGCGUAUCUCACCGCUUAAUCCACUGUUCCUUAGUUGCUCGUUCAAGUUAUUCUCGCUACAAUAUUGGCGAGGGCGGACCGAUUGCUCUCCAUUGCGUGCCUGAACCAUGAUGUCUCUAUGAAGUACUAGUUCCUGGCGUUUUCUCUUAAAAGACAACGAACGAAAGAUAACCCACAUUUGCAACCCUGGUGAACAUGCAGGCUUUUCUUUCUGCUGCUACGGUCUUUCUCUUAAGCCUGAUGCAUGCCCAGGAAGCUCUAGCCUUCAUUGAGUGUAGCGUCCUUAAUUACGGUGAGUGUAUAGUGAUUGCCCUUGAAUCUGGUAACUCGCUCACUCUUACUUCAAAAGGUGCUGUUGCGGACAACGCAACGGACUUGGGACCAGCUUUGACGAAAGCUUGGCAAGAGUGUGUUAUACCACAAGUAACAACCACCGUCGCCACGGACGUGCUCCUCUACGUUCCUGCAGGGAACUAUCUUCUCGCAUCUACGGUAACUUUCGAUGACGCGGCCAACUGGAACCUCCAUAUCGCUGGUGACAUAUUCUUACCUUUCAAUCCUUCUUUAACUGGGACAAUGCUCACGUUUGAGAACUGCGAAAACAUUCUUCUCAACGGUCCUGGUGCAAUCUACGGUACGUCUAAAUCAUGUUCAGGCAACGGGUACCGCUAUCGUCCCGGUGGAGAUCUCACACUGUAUCCCAGUCGUCCCCGUCUCAUAAGAUUCCAAACCUGUAACAAUUGCGAAAUCACGGCUAUCACCCUCUACGACGCACCCAUGUUCCAUGUUACAAUGAUUGGUGACAAUGAAGCUCACGAUAUGUCCAUCAUCGCAUCUCACAUCGGUGAAACUGACGGUUUCGAUAUGAGCGGCAACAACAACUACGUGCAUGAUGUUACUGUGGAGAAUGGUGAUGAAUGUGUUACAGUCAAGACGCCCACCAAUGGUUUUGUUGCAGAAAGGAUCACUUGCAGAUACACAGCUGGCUGUAAUAUUGGAUCCUUUGGCUCCGGGGCUACUGGCGUCGACGUACAGAAUGUCUACUACAGCGACGUCACAAUAUCCAAUUCCGAUGCAGGUGUGAUGAUUAAGAGCUAUCCCAACUGUGCUGGGACUGUGAAGAAUGUCACAUUCACUGGUUUUACUCUUGUAAGGAUACUUUUCUCGAUCUCAACGUCUCAGGGAGGGACUACUGAUACCGGCACCCUCCAAAUCUCUGAUGUGACAUUUGAGAAUUUCCAGGGAACAGGUACCCCGACUCGUCCCGCUGUCCUACUGGACUGUAACAAGGCUACUCCGUGCAAGGAUAUAGCAUUCUCCGGAAUCAGUCUGACUGAUACCAAGGCAGACUCAUUCACGAAUGCUUGCGGAUCUGGCUUGAGUGGUUUGUCCUCGUGCUAG